AUGCUUGUUUUGACGGGUUUCUUCGGUUCCCUCUUCAUGAUGGGCCCGUUUCUUCCCUUUGCCUUUUUCGCUCCCUCACUAUUUCUUCUCCUCAUGGACUGCGGAGUUCGUUUAUGGUGCAUGCUAAGCGAGGUACUUCUUAAUGGCGUGCUUCGGAUACAGGUUCGACUCUUUGGAGACAGUUUUGUCAUGCCUGCAGUUGCCUCUUCCGAAAAUGCCGACAAUACAGACUGCACUACAGAGAACGGCAGCCCACCACCUCCCAGUGGAGCAUCUAGUAUCCUCAUUCUCAAUCAUCGAACUCGUCUCGAUUGGAUUUUCGCCUUUUCUCUUGGCCGAUAUGUGCGCCACCUCAAGAUUGUCCUUAAGGAGGAUCUGGCUAAAUUGCCCGGAAUUGGAUGGGCUAUGCAAUUGGCCUCCUUCAUUUUCCUGAAACGUAAAAUUGCCCUCGAUUUGGCACGCAUUCAGCAAGCUAUUAAGUACCUCCUCAAACUACAAGGCGGUGCGCAUGUAAGUUCUCCUGUUGUUGUUGUUGUUGGUUUUUUUUCUGUUCAAUUAAAAUUUGUAUAA